AUGAAAAAGGAGAAGAGAAUAGAAGAAAGAAAAAGAAGGGAAAACGAAAGAGAAAGAGAGAAAAAGAAAGAGAGGAAGAAUAAAAAAGCAAAGGAACUUAGAGGAAAAGAAAGGAAGAAAGAGGGGAAGAAAAAAGAAAUAAAAAAAAUAACAAUAAUUUAUGUGCAGUUCAAAUGCCCAUCAUUUUUUGAUACCAAUUUUGACCAUCACCAGUCAUCGUUACCGUUACCGUUGCCGCAACUUCCACCAUCAUCAUCACCAUUAUCAUCUUUACAGUUACAAUUUUACGACGGGGUUAUAACGUAG